AUGGAAGAGGCUUACAAGCAGUAUGCGAACCAAGCGCGUCGGAAGAACCGCUCCAGCGCGAACCUCAACCACCUCUCCCUCGCCCCCUUCACCUCGAGGCUGCCCCUCCAGGACGACGAUGCCCUCCCCGAACACCUAACCUCGCCGCACCACAGCACGUCCUACCUGCAGGGCAAGUCCGCCCCCACAACGCCGGGCCUGCUAUCCCGCUCGCCCGUCCGCCGCUCCUCCGUUCCGCACGCCGACCUCCCUAAGAGCAAGUCGGCCACGCACCUGACGCCUACCGCCAGCGACCGAAAACCACACAGCCGCAAGUCCGUCUCCGGCACCACCUCGCCGACCGUACGUCGCCGCAAGGACAAGGAUGACUUCUCGGUCGGGGAUCGAAACGACAGCGAUUGGCUUCUAAGGACCGGCGCCCUCAUCAGCAACGAGAACCGCGAGUUCAAGGGACAGGCCUGGCUGGUGUCGAGGCAGAGCUCCACGAGCUUGACGGGCAUGCGGGACGCGGAUGAGGAGGCGUUUGAGAGGGAACUGGCCCGGGAGCGGGAGCUCGCCAGCCGCCGGAGCAGCCGGCGCGGCAGUCUCGCUGACUUGGAGGGGUCGUACACCCAUUCCGCCAGGCCUAGUCGUCCUGGGAGCCGGUCAGCUAGCAGAGUCGGCACCCGAAGCCAGAUGUUGACGCCCAUGGAGCGCCACUCGCUGGACGAGGGAUACUUCCCUCGCCACGAAGGCGACGACUACGUCGCCGGCCCCGACUUUGUCAACCUCGACGAGCAGUUCGAGUCCUUUGAGUUCGACACGACCCAGGACGACGAGGCUGCCGUCAGAAGGCUCGUCAAGGGCGAAAGAGCCGGGAGCGCGUCAUGGGUCGGCAACAUCCUAGGAUGGCCGUUGUUCGCUGUCGAGGAGAACGAGGAAGAGUCGGAUGACGAAGAUGUCGAAGGCGACUUUGAAGUUGAAGGGGACGAAGAGGGGUCGCAGGAGCUCCACCGCUCGUGGUCAGCCCGCCAUUUUGAGGGUGUUACCGACACCCCGGGAGAACGGAUCCCGCCCCCAAAGGCCAACGAGGGUGGCUGGCAGGACGCGGCAUGGCUGCUCAGUGUGGCCACCAAAGUUCUGUUGUGA